CUCACAGGGGGUCUGGGGGAAGGACUGGCAUUUUGGAAUAUACGAAGAUCCAUACAAGGCGCAGUGGACAUAAAACGGCGGUGCUUGCAGAGUGCCAGCUGGGGCCCCGCGUUGGAUUCCACUUAGACUUUGGAGGGUUCGACUGCAUGGUGGCUUGAGUCUCUGGGAGCGCGCACACCUAACAUAACCCCCCCACCACCCACCCACUGAAGGCCUGGUGUCCCUGCACUUCUCACCCGAGCUCCUGCAUGUCUAAUAUUUAGACAUGUUCAGCUUUGUGGACUCAAGGACUGUUCUGCUACUUGUAGCAUCUCAAGUUGUUUUACUAUCCAUGGUUAGAUGUCAGGAGGAGGACGACGAGGAUGCAGGUGCCUGCAUCCAGGAUGAGCAGCAGUAUAACAAUAAGGAUGUGUGGAAGCCAGAGCCCUGCCGCAUCUGUGUGUGUGACAGCGGGGCGGUUCUGUGCGAUGAAAUUAUCUGCGAGGAGAUCAAAGAGUGCGCCAGCCCUGUCAUCCCAUCUGGAGAGUGCUGCCCCAUCUGCCCGGCUGAUGCCAGUGCGCCCAUUGAGACGAUUGGUGCAAAGGGCCAAAAAGGAGAACCGGGAGACAUUGCAAAUGUUGUAGGACCUAAGGGACCACCAGGCCCCAUGGGCCCCCCAGGUGAGCAAGGACCACGUGGAGAGGCUGGUGCUAAGGGUGAUAAGGGAAAUAUUGGACCUCGAGGACGAGAUGGUGAACCUGGGACCCCCGGAAACCCCGGACCCCCUGGCCCACCUGGCCCACCUGGACCCCCAGGACUUGGAGGGAACUUUGCUGCUCAGAUGGCUGGAGGUUCUGAUGAGAAGGCCGGCGGUGCUCAGAUGGGAGUGAUGCAAGGACCAAUGGGUCCCAUGGGUCCUCGUGGUCCACCUGGACCUUCUGGAGCUCCUGGGCCACAGGGUUUCCAAGGUGGGCCAGGAGAGCCUGGAGAGCCAGGUCCAGCUGGACCUAUGGGACCUCGUGGACCACCUGGACCUUCUGGGAAACCAGGAAGUGAUGGAGAAUCUGGAAAACCUGGAAAACCUGGUGAGCGUGGACCUGCAGGGCCUCAGGGAGCUCGUGGAUUCCCUGGAACUCCUGGACUUCCUGGAAUCAAAGGACACAGAGGACACCCUGGCCUGGAUGGAGCUAAGGGAGAAACUGGUGCUGCAGGGGCGAAGGGUGAGGCUGGCUCUUCUGGAGAGAAUGGAGCACCUGGACCCAUGGGUCCACGUGGUCUGCCUGGUGAGAGGGGUCGUCCUGGAGCUUCUGGAGCCGCUGGUGCUCGUGGAAACGACGGCCUGCCUGGUCCUGCUGGUCCACCUGGCCCAGUUGGUCCUGCUGGAGCUCCCGGGUUCCCAGGAUCCCCAGGAGCCAAGGGAGAAGCUGGCCCAACUGGUCUCCGAGGAGCUGAAGGACCACAGGGACCCCGUGGAGAGGCCGGUACGCCAGGAUCUCCUGGACCUGCAGGAGCAUCGGGUAACCCAGGAACUGAUGGUAUCCCUGGGGCAAAAGGAUCCGCCGGUGCUCCUGGUAUUGCUGGCGCUCCAGGGUUUCCCGGUCCUCGGGGCCCACCGGGACCGCAGGGAGCAACUGGACCUCUGGGGCCCAAAGGGCAGUCUGGAGACCCUGGUCUUCCGGGAUUCAAAGGUGAAGCUGGACCAAAGGGAGAGCUUGGUCCUGUUGGUCCUCAAGGUCCCCCUGGCCCGGCUGGAGAAGAAGGAAAGAGGGGUGCAAGAGGAGAACCUGGAGGUGCAGGACCACUCGGACCCCCUGGAGAGAGAGGCCCACCUGGUAACCGCGGUUUCCCUGGUCAAGAUGGUCUGGCUGGCGCCAAGGGAGCUCCUGGUGACCGUGGUGUCGCUGGUGCUGCCGGCCCUAAAGGCGCUACCGGAGAUCCUGGUCGCACUGGAGAGCCCGGCCUCCCUGGAGCCAGAGGUCUUACCGGCCGUCCUGGAGAUGCUGGUCCUCAAGGCAAAGUUGGACCUUCUGGGGCCCCUGGUGAGGACGGUCGCCCCGGCCCACCUGGCCCUCUGGGAGCGCGUGGACAGCCUGGAGUGAUGGGGUUCCCUGGACCAAAGGGAGCUAAUGGGGAACCAGGAAAACCAGGAGAGAAGGGGCUUGUUGGUCGUCCUGGUUUGAGAGGUCUGCCUGGAAAAGAUGGGGAGACUGGCUCUGCUGGACCCCCUGGCCCUGCUGGACCUGCUGGAGAAAGAGGAGAGCAAGGACAGCCUGGACCUUCUGGAUUCCAAGGUCUACCUGGGCCAACUGGACCUCCAGGAGAGCCUGGAAAGCCUGGAGACCAGGGUGUUUCUGGAGAGGGUGGAGCUCCUGGUGCUGUUGGACCCCGAGGCGAGCGUGGUUUCCCUGGUGAGAGAGGUGGUGCUGGACCUCAGGGUCUCCAGGGCCCUCGAGGACUUCCAGGAACGCCUGGAAGUGAUGGACCAAAGGGAGCAAUAGGACCAGCUGGUGCUGCCGGACCACAGGGUCCACCGGGUCUGCAGGGAAUGCCGGGAGAGAGAGGAGCCGGUGGAAUUCCAGGAGCCAAGGGAGACAGAGGUGAUAACGGACAGAAGGGACCUGAGGGUGCUCCUGGAAAGGAUGGUGCAAGAGGUUUGACUGGCCCUAUUGGUCCUCCUGGCCCAUCUGGACCUAACGGUGCCAAGGGUGAGACUGGACCUACUGGCCCCAUUGGUGCCGCUGGUGUUCGAGGCGCUCCUGGGGACCGUGGUGAGGUGGGACCUCCAGGGCCUGCAGGUUUUGCCGGACCUCCUGGUGCAGAUGGUCAGCCUGGAGUCAAAGGAGAGCUCGGAGAGCCUGGACAGAAAGGUGAAUCUGGUGCUCCAGGACCACAAGGACCAUCUGGAGCUCCUGGACCUGUAGGACCUACUGGUGUAUCUGGACCUAAAGGAGCACGUGGUGCUCAGGGAGCUCCUGGCGCUACAGGUUUCCCUGGAGCUGCUGGCAGAGUUGGACCUCCUGGUCCUAAUGGCAAUCCCGGCCCUGUUGGUCCUGCCGGUUCUGCUGGUAAAGACGGGCCAAAGGGUACUCGUGGUGACGCUGGUCCUCCAGGGAGACCGGGAGAUGCUGGACUGCGUGGACCCGCUGGACCUCCAGGAGAGAAAGGAGAGCCCGGAGAGGAAGGAAAAGCUGGUACUGAUGGACCCCCGGGUCCUCAAGGUCUGGCUGGAUCCCGAGGUAUUGUUGGUUUGCCUGGUCAGCGAGGAGAAAGGGGAUUCCCAGGUCUCCCUGGACCAUCCGGAGAGCCUGGCAAACAGGGAGCGUCUGGUGGUACUGGUGACCGUGGACCUCCUGGACCUGUUGGGCCACCUGGACUCACUGGACCUGCUGGAGAGCCCGGCAGAGAGGGAACACCUGGAUCAGAUGGACCUCCGGGUAGGGAUGGAGCCACUGGAAUUAAGGGAGAGCGAGGAAACACCGGUCCGGCUGGCCCCCCUGGAGCUCCUGGGGCUCCUGGUUCUCCUGGACCUGUUGGACCUCUUGGCAAGCAGGGUGACAGAGGAGAGAAUGGUGCUCAAGGACCUGCUGGCCCACCUGGAUCAGCUGGGGCUAGAGGAAUUGCUGGGCCACAAGGACCACGUGGAGAUAAGGGCGAGGCUGGUGAGCCUGGAGAAAGAGGGCAGAAGGGUCACCGUGGGUUCACCGGUCUGCAGGGUCUUCCUGGACCCCCUGGUCCUGCUGGAGACUCUGGACCAGCCGGACCUGCAGGACCAAGUGGAGCUAAGGGGCCACCUGGACCAGUUGGACCUGCUGGCAAAGAUGGAAACAAUGGACAAGCUGGCCCCAUUGGACCACCCGGACCUCGUGGACGCUCUGGAGAAUCUGGCCCUGCUGGUCCUCCUGGUAAUCCCGGACCCCCUGGUCCUCCUGGUCCUCCAGGCCCUGGCAUCGACCUGUCUGCCUUUGCCGGCCUGGGUCAGACCGAGAAGUCUCCAGAUCCUCUCAGAUACAUGAGGGCCGAUGAGGCCUCCAGCUCCCUGAGGCAGCACGAUGUCGAGGUCGAUUCCUCGCUCAAAUCCCUCAACAACCAGAUUGAGAACAUGCGCAGCCCAGACGGCACCCAGAAGAACCCUGCUCGCACGUGCAGAGACCUCAAGCUGUGCCAUCCUGAGUGGAAGAGCGGUGACUUCUGGAUUGAUCCUAAUCUGGGCUGCACAGCCGACGCCAUCAAAGUCUUCUGUAACAUGGAGACUGGAGAGACCUGUGUCUACCCAAGAAUCAGCAAAGUACCAAAGAAGAACUGGUGGAGCAACAAGAGCAAGAGCCUCAAACACAUCUGGUUUGGAGAAACAAUCAGCGGAGGCUUCCACUUCAGCUAUGGUCAGGACGGCCCUAUUCCCAACUCUGCCAACAUCCAGCUGAAUUUCAUGAGGCUCCUGUCCACUGAAGCAUCCCAGAACCUCACCUAUCACUGCAAAAACAGUAUCGCCUAUAUGGACCAGGCCACCGGAAACCUCAAGAAGGCUUUGGUUCUGCAGGGAUCCAAUGAUGUGGAAAUCCGUGCGGAGGGUAACAGCCGCUUCACCUACAGUGUGAUGGAGGAUGGCUGCAAGAGACAUACAGGCCGGUGGAGCAAGACCGUCUUUGAGUACAAAACAGUGAAAACGUCCCGCCUGCCAAUCGUGGACAUUGCUCCCAUGGACAUCGGAGGAGCGGAUCAGGAGUUUGGAGUUGACAUAGGCCCAGUCUGCUUCUUGUAAAGUGGAGAUUCGCAACGGCCCCCCAAUUCACAGGAAAUAAAUGAACUCAAUCAAGAAAACGUUACACUCUUCCACAGUAAAAGAAGACUGGAAAUUAAAAAACAAAACCAAAAAAAAAAGAAAAUUGACACUUUUUUUUUCUCUCACAACGAAGUGCUCUCCACGUUGGAUGUUGGCACUUAAGGGCACCGGCAAUAACCGCACACCACAGCACAUUCUCUGUCAACCCGCCUCCUGAGAUCCAGUCAUGUUUCCCAUGGCCUACUGGUGACAGGAAUGAGUCUGAGCCAGGAGUGAGAGGGACCAAGCUAACGAGUUAUGGAGAACAGAAACAUGACUUGAUGUCACUUAUUUAUUGUCUAACCUGAGUGGGCAGAGUUGAGGUAGGACUGGAGGGGUUCACUUUUGUAAGCAACACAAGCCCCCUUUUCCACUAAAGAACAGCUGCACGGCCUCUGUCCCGGUCCUACGCCACACUCCCUCCCCGUGUCCCUCCUGAAACAUUAAUAUGGCUUUUUGAAUCAGGGUGGAAGAAAAUAAAUCUCCUUACAGUUCAGGCCUGUCUAUUGAGAGCAACAAAAGCUUUACUGUGUAUAAUAAACCCUUGGUUCUAAUGUUGUAAAAGUCUGUGUUUAUAAGCAACCAGAUGGUUAUAUAUAUUUAUAUAUAUUUCCACAUAUGUGUGUGUACAUGUGUCUAUAUGCACACCAACACUUUUUUUUGUUUUGGAGAGUGAGGUUACAUUUAGGAUGUAUGAUUUUUAUGUCCUUUACUGCCCAUCAAAAGAAGGCCCCAAAUUUAUUAAAAAACAACAGAAAGAAUUGGCAAAACUUUUGGUUUUAUGUUAUUUUUCCCCUUUUCUCUCAGUCAUCCAGAUUGUUCAAAAGCUACCUCACGGUGAAAAACAAGGAAACGUGUUCAGCUGAGCGAGCCAUCACCUUCCAGAUGGAUCUCAGAAGGUGCUAUCAUCCCCCCCAACACCAUCCUGAUCAUCCCCAUCCUUAAAUCCCACUAGCCUCACACCACACAUUCACAUUCCACCUAUAGAGGAGGGGUGCAGCUGGGUUUUCAAAGGGGGAACGGCCUCCCCGCAGCCGAGAGUCGGACUCCACGGACAGUCUCUUGAGAAUCAACCAGGGUGGCAUGUUUUUGUGUGUGUGAGGGCGUGUACAUUUUUGACUUUAUUUUGUUACGAUCUCUUUAUUUUUUUUUCUUCUUCUUGUUUUUGUUGCAGCGCUGAUUAUUGUAAAUUGGAAAAAUAAAAGGAAAAACGUAUUCAUAAUGGAGCUGAUUUUUGAUUAAAGAUCCAGAUUAUGGCGUGGAAACACGUUUCUCAUCUCUAACAUAAAGAAAAAAAUCAUUAAAAGUGUGUGUGAGAGGGAGAAAACGCAAGUCAAAGUUACCAUAAAAAUUGAGUGAAUAAAUAUCAAUAAUGACCAUUGUUGACUGAAAUAAAGUCAGAAUAAAUGCGGUCUCCAAUAAAGGCUUGAUUAAAUAAAAAUAUCCAUAUUUUUCCAAGAAAAUUACCUUUGAUGGAAAAUUUAACACAAGAAAUGUUGGAAAAUUGGAGCCGUUUCUUCAAAUAAACUAAAAAUAUCAGUAAAAGCUUCGGCAGAACCCAAAAAACUAUUAAAUUAAGGCAGUUUAAAGCACAAAUUUGAUUUAAAUAGCUAAACGACUACUAAUAAAACCUUCUUUAAAAAAAAAAA